GGAUAAAGUGAGCACGCGCGGCAAGACGAAAAGACAGGCGCGCGACAGGGCUGGAUCGGUGCUGAUGUUGCAGGUCUACUCGAGAACGCGAGAGAAGGACAGAUAGAAUGACGUCACUUCUGAGAUAUGGGGAGACAAGGGAGGGGAGGAGAGAGGGGGAAGGCGCAGGGACGGAGGAUGAAAACUGAGAAAUGCCUGCAUCAAAGACACGGGGAGAAAAUAUGAAUCUAUAAUGCAUCUGGAAAAAUAAUAAUAAUAAAAAAACGUAACGUAAGAUAUACAAAUCUAUCCAAAGGGUAUGCUGUAAUAAAUGUGAACAGAGCCCCUGAAAAGAAAUAAGCAGGCAGAAAGUAAUGUCAUCCCAAGGGAUGGGCACCCCCAGUGACCCCCUUCUGACCAGUCCAGGAGGAGGUGUCAGCUCUGCUCAGGACGGGACCUGGCGAGCAUCGAUCCCCAAGACCUCCAGCUUCCCGUCAUCCUCCACUCGCCACCUAAGCCAUCGCGCAAACAAUUUCCAGAGGCACCCGAAGCGUAGGAAGCUGAUCCGACCAUCCCCGCCACCUCCCCCAAACACGCCUUGCCCCCUGGAGCAGCUGGACUUGGCUGAGCUGCCCCCCCGUCGCACCUUCCCCGAGCUGCUGUUCAAUGGCUGCAUCCUGUUUGGAAUUGAGUUCAGCUAUGCCAUGGAGACAGCCUAUGUCACCCCUGUCCUGCUGCAGAUGGGUCUGCCUGACCAGUUCUACAGUCUGGUGUGGUUCAUAAGCCCCAUACUGGGGUUCCUUGUUCAGCCCAUACUGGGAGCUUGGAGCGACCGCUGCACCUCCCGAUUCGGCCGUCGACGCCCUUUCAUCCUGGCCCUUGCCAUUGGAGCUCUGAUGGGACUGACUCUGGUGUUGAAUGGGCGGGACAUUGGAGCUGCGCUGGCUGACACUGCAUCCAAUCACAAGUGGGGGAUCGCGCUGACAGUGUGUGGGGUAGUCCUGAUGGACUUCAGCGCCGAUUCAGCGGACAACCCCAGCCACGCCUACAUGAUGGACGUGUGCAGCCCCGAGGACCAGGACCGUGGGCUCAACAUACAUGCCCUUUUGGCAGGGCUGGGUGGUGGUUUUGGUUACAUCGUGGGCGGGAUCAACUGGGAUCACACGGAGUUCGGGAGGUCAUUGGGGGGUCAGCUGAGGGUCAUUUACAUGUUCACCAGCAUCACUCUCGUCGCUGCCACGGCGAUGACGCUCACCAGCAUUCCCGAGCGGCCCCUGGCCCAGACGCACACCUCGAAGACCUCCCGGAACGCCUUGAAGAGCCCCAGCCUCCCCCUGCCACCCUCUCCCCCCGCCGCCCUCGGAGCGGGCCCUGGGGAGGAGGAGGAAGAGGAGGAAGGUGCCCGCAGCUACCAGCGCUGCGAGCCGCACCCCUGCCAGCCCGACCUGCUAGCGCACACGUCCAGUGCCAGCGCUCAGCUGUACGCCGGGCUGACCAGCCCCAUCUCUCCCUUCAGCCCCCUCACGCCCAAAUACGGCAGCUUCAUCAGCCGCGACAGCUCCCUCACGGGCAUCAACGAGUUUGCCUCCUCCCUCGGGACGUCCUACAUUGACAGCGUGCUCAUCGACUGCUACACGGGCCAGCAGACGCCCCAGCCCCUCGAUCCCGAUGCCACGGCACCUCCCAUGCCCCCUGGAGACACUCCGCCCCCCCAGGGUCCGCCGGGUGGUGGGGGGUUGGUGGGGGGCGGGGCCUCUGGCAUCCUGAAACGCCCCCAGAGCCUGGCCCUGCUGGAUGACCCCCUGCUGACCACCACCGUGGGGACGGAGAACGGCCGCAGGCGGACGGUCACCUUCAGUCAGCAGGUAGCCAACAUACUGCUGAAUGGGAUGCGGUAUGACAGCGAUUUAAGUGACAGCACAGACGCCGCAGACACACAGCUGUCUAUGAAGCUACUCUGCAUUGCCAUCUACAGGAUGCCCCCAUCACUGCGCAGCCUCUGCACCAACCACUUCCUGGGCUGGCUAUCCUUUGAGGGCAUGCUUCUGUUCUACACUGACUUCAUGGGAGAGGCUGUGUUUGGGGGGGACCCCAAGGCACCCCACGACUCCGAGGCUUACCGCCGCUACAAUGCUGGGGUCAGCAUGGGCUGCUGGGGAAUGUGUAUCUACGCCUUCAGUGCAGCUUUCUACUCAGCCAUAUUGGAGAAGCUAGAGGAGCGUUUCUCCCUGCGCUCUCUGUACUUCUUCGCCUACCUGGCAUUCGGUCUGGGCACAGGCCUGGCCACCCUCUCCACCAACCUGUACGUGGUGCUGUCCCUCUGCAUCACCUACGGAGUGCUCUUCUCCUCACUCUGCACCUUGCCCUACUCCCUGCUCUGUGAAUACUAUCAGAGCCCACAGUUCUGUGGCUCCUCGGAGGGAGGGACCAGGAGGGGGAUGGGUGUGGACAUCUCUCUGCUCAGCUGCCAGUACUUCCUGGCUCAGAUCCUGGUCUCCGUGGCGAUGGGACCCCUCACCUCGCUGGUGGGGGGGGCGCAGGGCGUGAUGUACUUUGCGAGCGUGAUGUCAUUUGUGGGCUGCCUGUACUCUUCGCUGUGCGUGGUGUAUCAGCUGCCCCCCCCUGAGGGUGAGCUCCCCCAGGGCGAGGCCCAGCCGCUACUCGUUCAGAUCUAAUGCCCCCCCCCCCCCCCCCCCCCCCCCCACAAGCACACACGCGCACACGCUUCGCCACCUCCGGUGCACUCCUUACCUCCUAUCUCCCUCAGAGCAAACAGACAGACAGACAUCGCUUUGUGUAUGUGCAUAUGCUGCAUGCAUUUGUGUGUGCGCAUGCAUGUAUGUAUGUAUGUAUGUGUGUGCUUGUGUAGGCGUGUGUGUGUACGUGUUUUUGUGUGUAUGUAGGUCUGAAACUGACUCUAGUCUCACAUUGUGUGUCUGUACAGUGCUGCUUGCUUCUGUCUGGUUGUGCUUGUGUCUUGCCAUGGACAGGAAGUGUGUGUUUGUCUGUCUGUUCAGCUGCAGUACUCAGUGAGCACAAAAGCUACACCGUGGCUGAUUUAUUGGAAAUGAUUAUUUAAGUGAUCCCUCCUCUCUUUUCCAAAGGACCACAGUCUUCAAAGUGAAAAUUACUCAUCAAUUAGGCCAUGGGUGACAAUCUUCAAAUUUCCAAGAGCACCGUGUGCUCUCAUGUUAUCAGUAUAAGAAAUGUUACUGAGUCUUAGCUCUCCAGUGACUCUUCUUGCAUUUAUACAUUGGGCAGUAUUGCUUUGGUGGUCCUGCAUGAACAGACUGUUACAGAGGGAUGGCCCUACUCUGAGUACCUAUGAAUCCACAACUGAUCAAACCUGAGUCCUGAGGGCCUGCACUUUCUGAAAAGCUACUCAAACUCUCAGCCCAACCCAAGUAUGAGUAGCCCAAUGAGUCUGUCUGUUUGUCUCUCUCACCCACAGUAGGUAAGCUUAUAAGGAUAACUGUUUGAAUGUGUCACAAUGACCCACCCUGUUUUGCUGCACCAAACACCAGUAGGCGCACAGACGCAUAAAACACGCACACGCUACAUGUAGCGAUACGCAUAAACACAGGAGCCAUGCAUGUGCACUUUCACACGAGCCAAGGUUUUUGCCCUGCUGUUCUUGGGUACACGAGAGCAGAGCAACAGUGAGUGAGUUCCAGGAAUUGUUGCCAGGAUACCCACUGAGCCGAAUAAAUCAUCGCAUCACCAGGGCUGUCCACCUUCAGAACGUGACACGCUCGCACGUGGCCGCACAGUCUCAUAACACAAGGUGACCCCCCUGACCUCUGCCUAGCCCGACCGGGAUGUUAUUAUCAUUAACAUUAUCAGGUGAAGGUUAAUGAGUGUCAUGAUAAUGGUUAUUGUCAUUAUUAUCAGGUGGAGCUGAUGGUUCCUGAAUCUUCUGAAUCUUUUUUUUUUUUUUUUUACUUCAAACUCAAAUCUGUGCUGCACUCCCAUCUCCUUGGGAGGAGAGAGGAGACAGGAGUCCUGAUCCAACACCCCACUAAGAAAGGAUGAUGAACUGUGCUGCUGUCUGGAGCCCAGAGACCGGAGAGGAAGCUCUGAUUGGCAGUUCCACAGACAUCUGCGCUAAGGGAACCCGACACCAGCUGUACCGGGGAUACUCCUCCUGGGCACCACAAGGGGGCAUUGUUUCCCCAUGUGUUUUUUUCACAUCAUCACUCUUGGACCUCACUGCCCAAACCACUCUCUGAGGCCUGCUCUCUCUUACUAACCUCAACUCAAACACAGCUUUAUGUAUGUCUCUCAUCACGGAAUGCUUUCUAUUAAAAUGUCAGUCCUACUCUGGGGAUGUGACCCACCCCACUAGAUAUAA